UCAAUUGACAUUUUUAUAUCCAAGCAGCAGCUCAGCCCCCUUGGAAAGCAGCCGUACCCUUUUUUCAUUCUGUUUGACGCAUAACGGUGACCACUGCUUGACGCAUACCGUGAGAGGCUGCAGAUACCUCUCGGGUUCAGUAGCAACGUCAUCGCCAUCUCGAAGACUCGCCGAACUUUCCAAUGUUUACAAAGCAGCUGUAGCGGGGCUGAAUAUAAAAGUGCGCAGAACGACACAAGGACUGCGCUCGCUUCUUGUCUUGUUUUCCAUCAACACGAAUAGCACGCGCAGGACCCUUACCAGACGAAUAUGGUGAAGACUGACCUCCCUGCAGGCUCUACUCCCGCGAACGGCAGCGCGGUUCCCACUAAGGCUCGCCAAUACUUCCUUCCGAAGCUCGAUGGUGUCCACAACUUGGCAGUCCGCGAGUUCGACGUCCCGCUGCCCAAGGCGAACGAGGUACUCGUCAAGGUUCAUGCCGUCUCACUCAACUUCCGGGACCUCACCAUCGCGACCGGGACGUAUCGUGGCCCCAAACACGAGAACCUCGUGCCGUGCUCGGAUAUGGCGGGCGAGGUUGUUGUAGUCGGUGAUGACGUCGAAAAGUGGACCGUCGGCGACCGUGUGUGUGCCAACUUCUCACAGGCGCACCUCCAUGGGGAUAUUACUCCCGAGACAGCGAACACCGCGCUCGGUGGUUCAUUGGAAGGUGUUCUCACCGAGUACCGGGCCUUCCCAGCUGAUUCCCUCGUCCGUGUACCGCAGUACCUGACGUACGAAGAGGCAUCGACCUUACCGUGUGCUGCCCUCACUGCUUACAAUGCGCUUCAUGGUCCUACCCCGAUCAAGGGCGGCGACUGGGUGCUCGUCCAGGGUACUGGCGGCGUGUCCAUCUUCGGGCUGCAGAUCGCUGUCGCGAGCGGUGCAAACGUCAUCGCGACGUCGUCUUCCGACGAGAAACUCGAGCAAGCGAAGAGGCUCGGCGCAAAUCACACGAUCAACUACAAGAAGAUACCCGACUGGGAGAAAGAGGUGCAGAUUAUCACCGGCGGUAGGGGCGUCGACCACAUUAUCGAGGUCGGCGGGCCAGGCACGCUCAACCAAUCGCUUGACGCGGUGCGCAUGGCGGGCUGGAUACACGUCAUUGGGUUCCUCGCUGGCAAUGCGGAUGUGAGCAACGUGCCGCUCAAGACGCUCUUCAAGGCCGCCAUAGUCCGUGGCAUCCUCAUCGGCUCGCGCACGCAAUUCGAGGAUAUGAAUCGCCUGUUCAGCGCGCGCCAGAUCCACCCCGUCGUCGACAAGGUCUUCGACUUUGAGCAGGCACAGGAGGCAUACAAGCAUUUGGAGAGCCAGAAGCACAUCGGCAAGAUUGUUAUCAAGGUCUCGAGGCAGUGAGCGUUCAUGAGCCAAAGCUUUAAUAAUGUAAGAUAGUCUGUGCUGAAGCGUUGUUCGCAUAAUGUGAAGCAGGAGAUUUUAUCGCUCAUUCUGUAGGGUAGAAUGCGCCAGUUUUGAAAAGCAUUUAGAACUCUGUGUGCAAUGGCGUAUGCUAGUCAGGCUCAGUAACCAGGCCGGUGUGUUGAGUUCCGCUACCUCAAUGCUGCAUAUGAGG